AUGACAUCGCGCUUCGAGGCCCGUAGGCAGAAGAUCUUGGAGCAGCUCGACGCUCCAGAUGGCGAGUACCAUGACCUCUCACCCAAAGGAUCGAUUGAUGCGCCGAUUCGUGGAUUGAUUGGCGAGAUCAAUGGCUUUGAUGGCAUUGUCACAACAAGCAGCUGCUCCGGUAGGAUCAGUGUCUUCCUCGAGGGCCGGAAAGCGGACGGCGAUGCUCUGAAAUCCCCAAAAGAAGGCGAGGAGUCGCGUGCCGGACCAGGCGGGAAAGGCGGGGGAGGCUCUUGGCUUUUCAUCUCGCACGAUCCAGUAGAGGUGCCAGACGUCUCCUUUCCAACUGACUUUACGUCAAAGUUUGGUUUGCAAAAAGUUUCGGACGAUGAGCUUAGCAGAUUUGAUGCGCAGCGCAGAUUCAUUCAUCUGAAGUUUGAGCCAAUGAUCCUUCAUAUCUUGAAUGCCUCCCUCGAUCACGCUCAGAAGAUAUUGAACGCUGGAAUGGGAGCCGGCUUUCGAGAGAGCGGUGCAGUCAGCUUGGGCGCAUCGAAAUCAGGAGAGGCGACCCCAGUAGUUGCCAUCCGGUCAACUGGCUACUCCUUCGACUCGAUCAUUGGUUAUCAAGACGAGGCAGGUCGCAAUGUCUCCUUGAUAAGUGAGGCUCAUCUGAGGACUUUGGUCUGCAUUGCCAACGAACGCUUCAAGAUCAAUAUGGAGAGGAUAGCACGGUUCCGCACAAAGCUACUGGAGUCCUAUCAGCUCACGUCUAACGCAACGUCUGGAAGUUCAAAGCCAAACUGGGAGGAUGCAGAUUCUAGGAAGCAGCGCAAGCGAACAGAGGGCCUCGCCCGGCAGCAAGCUUUACAGAGUGCAAGCUCGGAACAUAGAACAUCGACCGGUAAUGAGUCACUCGAUAUUCAAAUCAUUGGGGGCAUACUUUCGUAG